UCCACAACGAAACUAGCAAUACUAGCAGCAUAACAAACAAAAUUUUUUGUUAAAUAUUUCCAAAUUUUCUGUUUAACAAAUAUUAACAAAUAUUAUUCGUAAAAUAUGUCUACAAAGACUCUAAAGUUUGGAUUUUUUAAUCAAAUUCACAAAUUGUUUGGAUCGACGUGCAUUCGAAACUUCCAGAAAUUCGCUGCCAAGCCAGUGCGUCCGACCCCAGAGCGUUGCAGCAACGAUGGGCCAUUGCAGCGGGUGCUCAGGCAGAUCCAAACAAUUCCAAGACCGUCAUAUUUGGGCUUUCACGCGGCACGCGACAUCAAGCCCGAGGAGAUUCCAAAACUACAUGCUGCAGGUCGCAACGCAGCGUCUGCCACAACGUUGUGUGGGCCACCGAGAAGGGACAUGUCCCAGACAAUGCUCUCUUCGUUCAAGACAACGCCCUGCGCCUCGAGGGGAGUGGCGGAAAAGGAGCGUUCGAAAAGACAGCGAGAGUCCUCCACGUCUUCGAUCGCCAUGCAAUCUUCGACAAUGCGGAGAGUUGUGACUUCGCUGAAUGUUGCCGACCUGCAGGCCACACGCGAUAAACUCAUGAAGUUGCUACGGCGGAAGGAGCAGCGCCAGAGCGCUCCCAUUGAUGCAACAGUAAGUGCCAUUCGCAUAAAUAGCCCGGAAAAUGCCGGCAGCAGGUCCUACCGCCGCAUUCGAGUGCAGUCGUCCUGGCCGCAGCUGAACGUGGACCGCGGUCAGAGCAACGUCAAACACUUUGGCUCAAACAGUCGGCCGUCGGUCAAGGUGUCCCGCUCGGUUAGGCCACCGCAACCAGCCAAACGCGCUCAAAAUGAUCUGGACAGUGAGUCAGGUGCUGAUGUGAAGUCGGCCGACAGUCGGUUCGAAAGGUUCGACAACAAAAACCUCAAACUGGAUAAUAACCGAAAACUGCUAACAGCCAGGAAGCCAGCCAAGAGGAGUGCCUCAGGCAGCGUGUAACCCCUGAAGAAGGUGUCAUCCUCGGCAAAACGCACUGAAAGCAUAAACAUUCGGGCACCCAAGAAUUCCCGCUCAAUAUCGCUCUACGCCAAGCGAAACGAGAGUUCUGCACCCGGCAUGCAG